AUGCCUUCUUUCUUUCCAUCCCGUCAACCUUCCCAGACUAUCAAGCUGGACGAUCAUGAGAUUACUGCAACUGAGGUCGAGCUCUUAGAUCAACGUCGAACGGUUUACCGUUUCAAACUUUCAGCAGACUCAUAUCGGCACACAAUUCCAAAAACAGACGCCUCCGUUAUUGUCAAACAACAGAAAGAGGAAUGGGAGGAAGAGUUCGAUGAUGAGGAGACGGCCUACAACAAAUUGAAGGACCUUCAAGGAAAAGUAAUUCCAAACUUUUACGGUCGGGGCUAUUUCGAUGGGCAGCCUGCACUCAUCUUAUCAAAGAUCGAUGGGAUUCCUCUAAAUGCUGUAGCGCGCAGCAGCGACUGCAAGAUUCCAGAGGAUUCCUUGAAAGCCUAUCUGGAGGAGGUUUUCACUGAGCUUUCGAAGCAUGGGGCCUUAUAUCAUGACCAGAAACUGGAUAACUUUUUGUUGUGCCAUGAUGAACAACGUGGGCAUAUUAAGGUGAUGGUUGUUGAUCUCGAGCAAGUCGAGUUCCCUGAUAAGCUUCGCCCUUGGGAGCAUCUUAUUAACCAGGAGGGUGCGAGAUCGUUGAUGGAAGAUUUCAGAUACACGCGAAACCCCAGACGCGAACCAUCUCCACUUCAGUUCUGGAUGUCUGGGAACAAUGAGAGUAUCGCUCAGUGA